UUGAAGUCAGGUUUUGCCACAAGAUGAUGAAGAAGAAGACGAUCUUCAACAUCGUAUCUUUAUCUCGAAAAAUUAAUGCUAACGAAACUCUUCUCUUGAUCAUUUCGAUAAUUUUGGAGAUAACCUCUUCUUCGUUCCUGUAUUUUGCGAAGAAAAUGUGCGGGGGACAGUGUCUUUUGUUCGCAAAGUUGUACGAGAGAGCUCGAAUUCUAAGAGGUUCAUCACCCAGUUGGUGCUAUUUACCAAUAGUUUUCAACUUAGCUGCCAUCACAAGCUCAGUGUUUGUACUCAGGUCAAGAAAAGGAAGAAGGUCACGUAGCAGUGGUUUAAGAGUUCUUGGUCUUGUAUCAUUCUCUGCAUUUCUUGUUUUUCUAUCUUCUUGGAUUAUUUCUUCUGGAUUUCGUGAAUUUUGCAGGUCAUUUGUCAUCAAUAAAUGCAUUCAUGAACACAUAGAUGCAAUGGAUUGGAAAAAUUUCUCUCCCAAGUACAGCAAUGGGAGCUCUUCAUAUCUUUUGUUACUAUCAACUGAGGCAUGUGGCUGGUCUGCCUGUGUACUUUUAUGUGUUUUAUGGGUGGCCCAUGCUCUGCGAUUGUUCACAGGAUGGCAGGCGACUUAAACUUUGUAAUGAGUACCCCUUUUACAAAGGAGUAUAUUUCAAAAUGAAAAAAUUAAUCUCAGAAAGAAAGAAACUUUAAAAAAGCACUCUGAUGAA